AUGUCUAUCCCAGUCCGCCAGCUCGUGAUGCCGUAUCACCAACUCUUUGGUAUGAUGAUUUUCGGAGCUGUAGCGCUCAAUGUAGGAAUGGGAAUCGCUGAACGAGCCGCAUGGAAGCAUACUUGCUGGACGAAAGGACGUGAACUUUGUGGCCAACAAGCUGUCGCAAACUUCGUUGGAAUGUGCGUAUUCUUCUAUGCUCUAUGUGUCCUCAUGCUGGUUUCGAAUCCCAGAUGGAAACGCCGUCCAUUGCCAGAAGAAGAAAGUUUACAUCAGUUGACCGCUAGCAGUAGUCAGGACUAG